AUGCCUUCUGACGCUGAUACAAUUGAUGCACCAUCAUCACCCACCGGCCAAGUGAACUUCCCUAUCCACAAGGCCUUUUUACCUGAAAGUCCUCCAUCAUCAAAAGAAAAGGACACAACAGCAACUAAUGGCAAGUCGUUGGAUCGCUCCCCAUCAAGCAAGGAUGCUUUACCUGAACCCAUGGUUUAUCAAACAAUGCAACAAAAGAUUGAAAAAUGGUCUGAUGGGGAUGAUGAAUGCUUUACUGUAUGUGAUCUCGGUGAUGUAUACCGGCAACAUGUGCGUUGGAAGACCCACUUGCCUCGGGUUGAACCAUUUUAUGCCGUCAAAUGCAAUGACGACCCUCAAGUCCUAAAGCUCCUUGUUUCUUUGGGUAUUGGCUUUGACUGUGCAAGCAAGUUUGAGAUGCAACCUCUUUUGGAGCAACUUCAAGUUCAUCCUAGUCGCAUCGUUUUUGCCAAUCCUGCCAAACCUGUGACGCAUAUUCAAUAUGCUGCCAAGCACCAUGUUUCGCUCAUGACGUUUGACAACAUCGAUGAGCUGUAUAAGAUCAAAGAAUCCUAUCCCGAAGCCGAGCUUAUUCUUAGAAUCUUUACGGACAACUCAAAAGCUUACAGCAAUGUCAGUGCCAAAUUUGGAGCUCACAUGGAAUCGGUGGAUGGAUUAUUGAUGAAGGCUCGUGAGUUAGAGCUUCCUGUUGUUGGUGUAAGCUUCCAUAUCGGGACCGGUUGUAUGGAUGCAUCGGCCUUUACCGAUGCACUCUCUAGUGCUCGCAGUGUAUUUGAUCAAGCAGCCAGCAUGGGACACAACAUGACUAUUCUUGAUUUGGGCGGCGGUUUCCCAGGUGUCGGUCUUGAAGGACAAACCACUUUUGAGAAUGUUGCCAAUGUACUCCGCGAGCAAUUGGAUUCUUUGUUCCCACCCCAUAUCCGUGUCAUUGCCGAACCAGGUCGAUUCUACGUCUCUACGGCCUUCACUACUUGCACACGCAUCAUGGCCAAACGCAGCACACUCACUCCACAAAAGCAAAAACACAUCAUGUAUUAUACGCUGGAUGGUGUUUUUGGUCUUUUCGGUGGUGUUCCUGCCAAGAAUUUAUCACCGGUUGCUAAAGUGAUGACAAGGAACGGCAAAUUGAUUCAAGCUCAAGACAUGAUUGCUUUGGAACAUGAACCAAAAUACGAAUGCAGCAUAUGGGGACCCACCUGUACACCUUACGAUUGCAUCACACAGACCGCCAAGCUACCCGAUCUUCAAGUAGGCGAUUGGCUCUAUUGGCCCCACAUGGGUGCUUAUACGUAUGCCAUUGCCUCGCAUGGAUUCAGUGGAUUUACAGUGCCAUCUAUCACCUAUGUCGAUACAUCCUAUCCCUUUUAG